GUCACUUCCAUUUCCAGCCAUGCUUUCCUUUUUCUCUUUCCUUGCCGGUUGCAUCAGUCAGGUUAUCGAGUGAUACAUUAGUGGAAUGGCUUUACCUGUGCCAGAGUCCAUCAAUUUCCCCACGGAGGAGGAACGCAUUCUGCAACUGUGGCGUGACCAGAACUGUUUUCAGGAAUGCUUGAAGCAGUCCAAGAAUCGUCCAAAAUUUACCUUCUAUGAUGGUCCACCUUUCGCCACUGGGCUGCCUCAUUAUGGUCACAUUCUGGCAGGCACUAUUAAGGAUAUUGUUACCAGGUUCGCACAUCAGAGUGGAUUUCAUGUUGAACGUAGGUUUGGAUGGGACUGUCAUGGACUACCUGUGGAGUAUGAAAUAGACAAAACUCUGGGGAUCAGAGGACCUGACGAUGUAGCCAAAAUGGGAAUUGCAGAAUAUAACCGACAGUGUCGAAAUAUUGUGAUGAGAUAUGCCGGAGAGUGGGAGGCAAGUGUCACUAGGCUUGGGCGGUGGAUUGACUUUAAGAAUGAUUACAAAACUCUCUAUCCUUGGUUUAUGGAAUCCGUGUGGUGGGUUUUCAAGCAACUGUAUGACAAAGGCUUUGUUUACAGAGGUGUGAAAGUUAUGCCUUUUUCAACUGCAUGUAAUACUCCACUUUCAAACUUUGAGUCUCAUCAGAACUACAAGGAUGUUCAGGAUCCCUCAGUUAUAGUGAGUUUUCCUUUACUGGAGGAUCAGAACAUUAGUCUCAUCGCUUGGACCACCACUCCAUGGACUUUACCUAGUAACUUGGCUCUGUGUGUCAACCCAGACUUGAUUUAUGUUCGUGUCAAAGAUAACACAACAGGAAAGAUGUAUAUCUUGAUGGAAGCCCGUCUUAGCAUUCUCUACAAGUCUGACUGUGAGUUUGAAAUCCUGGACAAGUUUCAAGGCAAAGCUCUAAAGGGCAAGUUAUAUAAACCACUCUUUGAUUAUUUUAUCAAGUGCAGAGCAAAUGGUGCAUUUGCUGUUGUUUUGGACAACUACGUCAAAGAGGAUGAGGGCACUGGUGUUGUACACCAGGCUCCGUACUUUGGUGCUGAUGACUACAGAGUAUGCAUGGAUUAUAAAAUAAUCCAGAAGGACUCUGUACCAGUGUGUCCAGUAGAUGCAGCCGGCUGCUUUACUAAUGAAGUGACACACUUUGCUGGGCAGUAUGUAAAGGAUGCGGACAAAAACAUCAUAAAAUUUCUGAAAGAUAAUGGACGCUUGGUCAGUGCUAGCACCUUUAAGCACAAUUAUCCUUUCUGCUGGAGGUCAGAUACACCACUAAUUUAUAAAGCUGUGCCUAGCUGGUUUGUACGAGUGGAACAUAUGGUGGACAAACUUUUGGAGAACAAUGGAAAAUGUUAUUGGGUCCCAGACUUUGUGAGAGAGAAGCGUUUUGGGAACUGGCUAAAGGAUGCUCGUGACUGGGCAAUUUCUAGGAACAGAUACUGGGGAACUCCUAUUCCUCUUUGGGUUAGUGAAGACUUUGAAGAGGUAGUGUGUGUUGGCUCUGUAGCAGAGCUGGAAGAGUUGACUGGAAAAAAAAUAAGUGACUUGCAUCGAGAGAGCAUAGAUGAGCUGACCAUCCCCUCUCGCUGCGGGAAAGGCGUGCUGCAUCGGGUACCAGAAGUGUUUGACUGCUGGUUUGAAAGUGGAAGCAUGCCAUAUGCACAAGUACAUUACCCCUUUGAACAUCAAAAGGAAUUUGAUGACACCUUCCCUGCUGACUUCAUUGCAGAAGGCAUUGACCAGACACGGGGAUGGUUUUACACUUUGCUUGUCUUAUCCACUGCACUAUUUGGAAAACCUCCCUUCUUGAAUGUCAUUGUGAAUGGGUUAGUCCUGGCCAGUGAUGGACAGAAGAUGAGCAAACGAAAGAAGAAUUAUCCUGAUCCAAUGCAGAUUGUGCAAAACUAUGGAGCUGAUGCAUUACGGUUGUAUCUCAUCAAUUCCCCAGUGGUUCGUGCUGAAAACUUGAGAUUCAAGGAGGAGGGUGUCAGGGAUGUUCUGAAGGAUGUCUUUCUGCCAUGGUACAAUGCUUAUCGCUUCCUCAUCCAGAACGUCAUAAGACUAGAAAAGGAUGAAGGAGUGCAGUUCCUAUAUAAUGAGAGCAAUGCCAGAGACAGUGACAACAUUAUGGACAAGUGGAUUUUGUCUUUCACUCAGUCACUCAUCCAAUUUUUCAAGGCAGAGAUGAAUGCAUACAGGUUAUACACAGUGGUCCCCAGACUGGUUAAGUUUGUUGACAUGCUGACCAACUGGUAUGUACGAACAAAUCGCAGAAGAUUAAAGGGUGAGAGUGGAAGAGAAGAUUGUAUUGCUGCUGUAGAAACACUGUUUAGUGUGCUCUUCUCGAUGUGUCGACUCAUGGCUCCCUUCACACCCUUCAUAACAGAAAUGAUGUACCAAAAUUUGAGACUUCUCAUUGAUCCAGCGUCUUUAGAUGAGAAAGACUGGAGAAGCAUUCACUAUCUGAUGCUUCCUUGUGUUAGAGAAUCAUUAAUCAGUAAGCCUAUAGAGAGUGCUGUGUCCCAGAUGCAGUCUGUCAUUGAACUUGGGAGAGUGAUAAGAGACAGGAAGACGCUUCCAGUAAAGUACCCCCUGAAAGAAGUUGUCGUAAUUCACCAGGAUCCCAAAGCUCUAAAAGACAUUCAGUCUUUGGAAAAGUACAUUCUAGAGGAACUCAAUGUUCGUCAGCUGACUCUUUCAACUGAUAAAGAUAAGUAUGGCAUCCGGCUUAGGGCUGAACCAGAUCAUAUGAUUCUUGGGAAGCGCUUGAAAGGGGCCUUCAAGUCAGUAAGCUCAGCGGUUAAAGAGCUAACAAGCCAGCAGCUAGAGGCUUUUCAAAAAACAGGAGUUAUUGAAGUACAGGGUCAUGAACUCCAUGAGGAGGAUAUACGGCUCAUGUACAGCUUCAAUGCAGAGUCUGGACUGGCUGCACAGUAUGAAGCCCAUUCAGAUGCACAUGUUUUAAUUUUAUUGGAUGUAACCCCUGACCAAUCCAUGGUGGAUGAAGGAGUGGCACGGGAAGUGAUUAACCGCAUCCAAAAGCUGCGGAAGAAGGCUCAUUUAGUACCUUCUGAUGAAAUAAGUGUUUACUACACUUGUGAGCCAAAAGCACAUUACCUUGAGCAUGUCAUUCAUGCCCACAACAGUUUCAUUCUAGCCACAAUUAAGGCUCCUUUGAUAUAUGGCUCAGCUUCUUCAAAUGCCAGUGUCAUUAUUGAUGAGAAAACUCAGCUAAAGGGAUCCGAUCUGCACUUGUGCCUUGUAAAAGGUACUUCAGAAGGAAGCACCUCAGGACCUUCUCCAGUCUGUGCCUACGUCAAUGUGAAAAAUGGGGAAAGAGGAGGGGUCCUGCUACUGGAGAAUCCAAAGGGUGACAAUCAGAUGAACUAUCUUGGCCUGCGUACUGCCUGUUGUAGAAUAUUUGAGCUUAAUAGCCAGGGAAUGGCUAUUUUUGUUGGGCACACUAAACUAAACAGCAAAACAGAUCUGUUAGCCCUAAAUGGGCAAACACUGUACAUCUCCUCUGGAGCAUCCCAGGUUGACCUCUUCUCUGCAGAGCCACCUUUCUGUCGCUACAUAAACCUUAAACUGCUCAAUUCAAAACCACAAGAAUGUCAGAGUGGCUUCCUUGGAACACUUUUGCUAGAAAACCCUCUUGGCCAGAGCAAGCUGACAUACAGUUGUCUACUUCAUGAAGCCGCAAGGCUGUUUGGUCUGCGUGGCCGGCGACUCCGACUGUACCUGGAUGAGGCUUUGACUGAAGAGGUUCUGCUGAACAGCUCACUGGAAACUCUAGAUGCUAAGAUGGUUUAUGUUCACGUUCUUCCCACAACAGCAGAGGCCUGAAUAUCACAUGAAGUACACUUUGCCUUUUUCCCCUGAAACCUCUUGCCUGGUUUGGAUGCUUGUGGAUAUUCCUUGUUUGUUUUCAGAUUUGUGUAUUACUGGCAUUUCACCUGUGGGAAUGAUGAGCUUGCAGCUUACUUAAAGCACUAUAUAGGUUGUUCACUUUUUAAAAUGCUUAAAAAAGGAUUUUCUGUUGUACCUACAGUAACAUUGCUUACAAAGUACUAUCUUAUGUAGUAGGCAUGGAGGUUGGAAGAGUCUGUAUUUCUGUUUGUGGUAAUUUGCUAUUCUUGAAUAAACCACAUACUUUAUGGGAUCUAC